GCUAGAGGAGAAGAUUAAGCGGCAGAAGAGUAACAUUGAGAAACUGAGCCGCAGCUUGCCGGACAAAGGCGAAAAGCUCCGGGUGGCUCUUAUGCAGUUGGAGGACGAAAAGGAGCGGAGGAGAUGCAGUCGGCUUGAAAAGUCUGGUUGGAAUUGCUGGAAAUCAGAAUUCUGAAUGUUUAUGUAGAAGUACUUCUCAGAAAAGUGCUUAUCAAAAUUGAUUCUGAGUCUUCUGACCGUAGUUGCUUUGGUUUUCAUUGAAUAGAACACCAGUAGGUGGGAGGAGAUCGCACAAGCCACGAGCUGUAAAAACAGAAACAUGGAUGAUUCUACUGGCUUCAAAAAUGAGGCUGCAGCACCUCUGCCAAAGCCAAAGUCUGAAUUUGCUUGCCAUUUUGAACAAAAGAUGGAAGAAAAGUCUGAUUCUAGGACAGCCAAUGAAGCUCAAACAGAAUCAUCUCUUCUUCCAUGCAACCAGCAGAGCAUGAAAAGCAAUGGAGAGUUAUUGCAAAAAGGAGGACGGAAAGGUAGAUCUUCAUCAAGAAACGUACCUCGUCAAUGCUCUAGCAGUUUUAAUCAUAGACGAGAAAAAUGUUCUCUUUCAAAUGGUGGUCAUAAAGGCGGGGCUUCUUUCCCUUGUUCACUUCGCCACGUUGCAGAAGACUUGUCUAGUUGUGGCAGAAGCUGGAAUGACGCUUCUCAAAUAAAUGGUUCGAGGCAUCAAAGGCAGGGUCAGACCGUUGUAGAAAUUCUGGAUGAGGAGGAUGCUGAACCUGUGGACACAGCAGAGCAAGAAGAAGAACUUCCCGAGGGCAUUAACGAGGUUAAGAUCUACUACCCAUCAAGAAAUGAUCCAAAAUCUGUAGAAAUCUGUUAUGCGGACAUUGGGUGCCUUGAUCCUGAAGGCUACUUGACAUCAACUAUCAUGAACUUCUACAUUCGAUAUCUACAACAACAAACAUCCCCAACAGACAGAGCGUUACGCAACUUUCAUUUCUUUAAUACAUUUUUUUAUGAGAAACUCAAGGAGGAUGUAGCAUAUAAGGGGGACGACAAGGAUAAACGUUUUGGCAAGUUUAGGAGAUGGUGGAAGGGUGUUAAUAUAUUUGAGAAGGCAUAUGUACUUAUUCCUAUAAAUGAAGAUAAACAUUGGAGUCUAGUGAUUAUCUGCAUCCCUGACAAGGAAGAAGAAUCAGGACCCAUUGUACUUCAUUUAGAUUCUUUAUCCGGAGUCCAUUGUCCUAGAUCUGUUUUUCAAAAUAUUAAAAGCUAUCUGAGAGCAGAAUGGAAUUAUUUGGGUCCAGAAGUUGCCGUUUCAGAUCUUCCUAUUUCCGACAGUAUAUGGAAGCAACUUCCCCAAAAAAUUGAAGAGAAAAAACUUGCGGUCCCCCAACAGCGAAAUGAAUAUGAUUGUGGUCUAUUUGUCCUUUUCUUCAUGGAGCGCUUCAUCGAAGAGGCCCCUGAAAGGCUGAAAAGGAAAGAUUUGUCAAUGUUUGGCAGGCGGUGGUUCAAACCUGAAGCAGCUUCAAGUUUGAGAAUGAAAAUCCGGAAAGUACUCAGGCAAGAAUUUCGAGAUGCUCUUGUUAAUCUCUCAAAAGAAUCUGCUCCAGCGGUUGGUGCUUCUGAAGAAUGAACCGGCAUAUGGGAUACUGACCGAAUCCGGUGCACAGAUGCAGCAACUAACUGAGCAUUGAAUCAGGUCUUCCAUCCAUGUAUAGCUCAGACAGGGUGUAAAUUAUCUUUUGAGUUUAGCAUUGUAUAGCGUGGGAAAAUCGGUUAAAAUGCCAUUUUUUCGAGAGCUAAGAGGAUACCAGAUUGGCCAGGACAAGGCGUGCAUCAUAGUCGUCUGCAUUACUGACCAUUUCUGGUGAGUUAGCAUCGUGCUUCAACUGUAUAGUACGGAACAAAGAUAGUGCUGAUAGAUUUCUUAAUGCAAUGCUCACCAUUUUACA